AUGGUUCUUUUCCACCCUCACCUCCUCCUCCCACUCUCUUCUCUAUCGGUUCUGUUUUCUUCUCAAUUUUUCUUCUUUUUUCUCAAUCUCUUCUCUAUUAACGAUCCACUGGUUUGUUAGAUAAUUUUUCUUGUGAAUUAACUUUUUCUCUUCAAUUGUUUGUGGAAAUAAAAAAGAUUCAACAAUAUGAUGGAUGAAAAGGAGAGGCGGAAAGCUGAAGUUCGAGCUCGUCUUGAAGCUCAGGCUCGCAAGAAGAGAGGGUUCAUGACACCAGAGAGGAAAAAGCGUCUAAGGAAUCUUCUUCGACGAAAAGCAGCCGAAGCUUUGAAACGAGAACAAGAAAGAAAAGCCGAAGAGAGAAGACGAAUCAUUCGAGAAAGAACUGGAACUCCAAAGAAUUUGGAAGGAAUUAACGAAGCGACCUUACAAUCAAUCGUAAAAGACUAUUUCAAAAGAGUCCAAGAUCUUGAGAGUAAAAAAUGGGAUCUCGAUAGAGCGACUCGUCUUAAGGAGUUAGAGCUUAAAGAGUUACAAGAGAAAGUGAAUGAUUUGAAAGGAAAAUUUGUGAUUCCACCAUUGAAAAAAGUUUCGAAAACAGCAAAUCAAUUGGAAAAGAUUCGCAUGUUUACUGCUCGUGUUUCUCAGAUGGAUUAUCGUAAUCAAUUGAAACAAGUCCAAAAGAAAGAUUAUCAACUGGGAGGAAGUGAUGAGAUGGUCAUCUCAUCUAAACCAGAAUGGGCCCAACCCAAAAGUAAGACAACCUCAGUUUCAGAAGUUGUUUCAGAAAUUUCUGAGGUUGUCUCAGCGGAUGAACAAGAUGAUUAUUGAAAAAUAUCAUCACAAUUUGUUUCUGUGUGUGAGUGUAAAGGUUAAUUAACACACACUCACUUUUAUCUAUUUGUCGAUUGUAACUAUCAAAAAAUAACAAUGAUAACAAUCACGAUAAUAAUGAUAAUGGUAAUGAUAAUGACGAUAAUUCAAGUCUAAUGAUCAUGAUUUCUGUGUGUGUAUUGAUUGAUUAAAAUGAGCUUUUUUUGUUUCAAUUUAA